AUUAGUUAUAAAGGAAUACCAUUUAUAUUUAAGGAUCCUGACUUUCUGAGUUUUACUCCCCAGGUGGCAUAGAUAUGGAUGCAUUUCAGGAGCGUGAGGAAGGCCGUGCAGGGCCGGAUGAUAAUGAGGAGGUCAUGCGAGCGCUGCUUAUUCAUGAGAAGAAGACUCCUUCUGCCGCAGCUGCUUCAGUGGGGGCGGCCGCUCCUGUGACCACCGCCAAUGGCAGUGACUCAGAGAGUGAGACCAGUGAGUCAGAUGAAGAUUCUCCACCUCGUCCAGCAGCUGUGGCUACGCAUCAUCGGGAAGAGGAUGAGGAGGAUGACGAUGAGUUUGAAGAAGUAGCAGAUGACCCCACUGUCAUGGUGGCUGGCCGUCCAUUCUCCUACAGUGAAGUGAGCCAACGGCCAGAGCUGGUGGCCCAGAUGACACCAGAAGAAAAGGAAGCAUACAUAGCAAUGGGACAACGCAUGUUUGAGGACCUUUUUGAGAUGGAAUGGAGGGAAACUGGCAGCAAUAGUAACAAGGAACUGAAAAGUUUUUAAUUACUGAGACCUGUGGUGUCAUAUGGAAAAAGCUGCUGACUUCUGGGUAUCUGAGGAUCCUGAACACCCUGCCAAGCCAUGCCAGAGAUGGAGGAGCUAAGAGCCAGUCCUAAAUCAGAGGAGAGUUGAAAACCCAACAUGUUGAUCUGUAUGCUUUGUAUUAAUAUAUGUGUUAAAUUUCUCAUGUGUUUAUUGUCUAUCUUCCUCCUCCCUCCCUGCUGGAACAUAAGCUCCAUGAGAGCAGGAGUUUUAUCUUUCUUGCUCACUGUAGUAUUCCAGGUCAUACCCCUGGCUCAGUGCCUGGCACGUAGUAAGUAGCCAUCAGUGCAUAUUUGUUAAAUGAAUAAACAAUUAAGUGUCAGCUUCUUCAGGCCAAGAGUAAACUAUGUCCCUUACAUAAAGGGCUGCCAUAUUCAAUUUCUGUCAUUACUUGUAUACCUAAUGUCUGAUGCUCUUUUGUAUUAAUUAUCUGUCCAGAACUUCCUGUUUGGAGUGUCUACAGAUGGUGAGUGCUGACCUGUGCAGCAAAGGACAUUUUCCCAGCAACUGGUGAAGCCACCUAACCAAAAGUACAUUUAGCAAAAACGUCUAGCCAAGGCUUGCGCAUAAUUUUGUUCAUCUAGUCUAUGUUAAGAGUGUUCUUUAAAGAGGAAAUAUGUAAAGAACAAAGAUUGUGCUAUUUCAUUUUUAAAUCAACUAGGGGUUUUAUUUUUCUCAUAAA